AUUCCCGCCUUUAGUAGAAAGCGGGAUUUCACCACUUCCAUACACGCGAAAGUGCCAUUGAAGUCACAUCGGCGAGUUUUUUUGUGUGAUUUUCACGAAAUGGGAAACAAGUCGUCCUUGAUACUGCGACCAGAGGACAUCAAGGAGAUCCAGGACGAGACUGGGUUUACACCUAAUCAAAUAGAGCGACUGUUUUCGCGUUUUACGUCACUCGAUCGCGGAGACUGUGGAACUCUUGGUCGUGAGGACUUCCUGCGCAUCCCGGAAGUUGCUAUUAAUCCUCUUUGCGAUCGCAUUGUGCACGCCUUCAUGCAGGACAGCCACGAUGACCGCGUGAACUUUCGGCAAUUCGUGAAAGUUUUGGCACACUUCAGGCCUACAAAACCAAAAAAGCUCAAGCUCAACAGUCGCGAGGAUAAGCUGAGAUUCGCCUUCAAAAUGUACGAUCUCGAUGAUGACGAUGUCAUCUCCCGAGAGGAGCUCCUGAACAUCCUGCAGAUGAUGGUGGGUGAGAACAUUGAGCAAGAUCAGCUAAACUCAAUCGUGGAGAGGACAAUUAUCGAAGCCGAUCGCACUGGAACGGGGAAUAUCAACUUCGAAGAUUUCUGCCAUGCCCUAUCUCGCACUGAUGUAGAGAGGAAACUAUCCAUCAUUUUCCUCAGCUAGAAAAUCACCUAAAUUUCCUUACACUCCAAGAAAGUGUGUGUCUUAUCACAUCAUAAAAAACGCAAUUUGCUAAAGUCAUACAGAUUUGAGGUGCUUCCAUGCCUUAAGUCGUUGUGUAAUAAAUACCGCUAUUUGAUAAUCUUGAAAGUUAAGUGAGUGUUUCUCCAACACAGAGUCACGAAGCGAGGAAAGUGAUUUCUUCACCUGCAAUCAUCACAUGGGAAGUAAACUGAAGAAACUAUUCUCUGAGAUUUUGAUCAGAGCAGCAAAGCGCCAGAAUGUAUGCAAAAUUCGUCUCAAAAACAAAAGUGUAACGAUCGACCUUACUUCUAAUGAUCAUUUCGCCAUCAGAAAGCAAUAAAAUAAAGCAUAAUCUGUAAAUCAAAUCUUUUCUGAAAAUAGAAAAAAUUAUCUUUUA